GAGCGCGAGCAGCGGCUCGGGCUCCUGCUUGCCCCGGCGGUACCAUGCUGGCGCCGCUGCCUGCCCGCGCUCGGCAGGAGGAGGCUGCCCCGCGCCCGCGAGGUGCCAGCCCGGCAGGAUGGUGACAGCCUCCGCCAGCGGCAGGAGCCGGGACCGAGCGCUGCCGCCGCCGCCUCCUUCUCCGCUCCCCGCAGCCCGGGCUGCCGCUGCUGCUCCAGCCCGGCCCGGCUCCGGCAGCUGCGUGGCGGCGGCCGCGGCGCUGCUGCUGGCCGGGCUGUGCGCCCUGUGCUACGGCAACUCUCUGCGGGGCGAGUUCGUGCACGACGACGUGUGGGCGAUCGUGAACAACCCGGACGUGCGGGCGGCGGCCCCCUGGGCGGGCGUCUUCGCCAACGACUUCUGGGGCAAGGGCAUGGCCGAGAACACCAGCCACAAGUCCUACCGCCCCCUCUGCGUCCUCACCUUCAAGCUAAAUAUAUUGUUGGCUGGUAUGAACCCAUUCUAUUUCCAUGCAGUGAAUGUAAUUUUACACUGUAUGGUGACUCUUGUCCUGAUGUAUACGUGUGACAAAGCUGUAUUCAAGGAUGGUCGACUGGCGUUUGUCACGGCUCUCUUCUUUGCUGUGCAUCCUAUUCACAGUGAGGCUGUAACAGGUAUUGUAGGCAGAGCAGAUGUCUUAGCUUGUCUACUGUUUCUGUUGGCUUUUCUCUCCUAUAAUAGGAGUGUGGAUCAUUUUUAUGUUGGGGAACAUUUCCCUCCCACUGCCUCUCCAUUCUUCUUGCUGCUUAGUUUAUUUCUUGGGACCUGUGCAAUGCUGGUGAAGGAAACUGGAGUCACUGUGUUUGGUGUGUGCUUGGUUUAUGACUUGCUUUUCCUGUCUUACAAUAGACUUAGACUGAGAAAUGGAGGGGUGCAUCAGAGGUUUGCACGGCAGCCUGUGGCUUCUCCAUCUGCUUCGCUGCAGAUUCCUCCAUCCAGCAGGGAGAAUGGGAAGCACCGGUUUGCUCACAAAGGGACCUGGAACUCAUGCCACCCAGCAUCACCUGAAGAGCAACGGAGCAGCAGCCUUUCUGUCUCAAACAAAGCCAUGUGGGCUAUUCUUAGCUACCUGACUGCAAGUAACAACCAGAAUUUCUUGUAUACUGCAAGGCCAUUUUUGAAGAGGGCUGCUUUAGUAAUAAGUUAUGUGAUUCUUGUUUUAUAUUUCCGUUUCUGGAUAAUGGGAGGUUCCAUGCCAAUGUUUUCAGAACAGGACAAUCCAGCUUCAUUCUCACCUUACUUACUUACAAGAUUUCUAACUUAUUCGUACCUCCUGGCCUUCAAUUCCUGGCUUCUGCUAGCACCAAUUACUCUGUGCUAUGACUGGCAGGUUGGGAGUAUUCCUUUAAUUGAGUCGAUAUGGGAUGUGAGAAAUUUAGCUACAGUUCUCCUGGUGGUGGUUAUGAUAUUACUCAGCUUACAUUGCAUAACAGCAUUCAAGAAACUGGAACAUAGAGAAGUUUUAGUUGGCUUGUUGUUCCUGGUUUUCCCAUUUAUCCCAGCCAGCAACCUCUUCUUCAGGGUGGGGUUUGUGGUGGCAGAGCGAGUCCUUUACAUGCCAAGUAUGGGGUACUGUAUCCUUUUUGUCCAUGGUUUGAAAAAGCUCUGUGCCUGGUUAAAUAGAUGGGGAGCUACUGCCCUGAGCCUCUCUGCUUUGCUGCUGCUGCUGCUGUUCUCUUGGAAAACUGUGAAACAGAAUGAAAUCUGGUUGUCAAGAGAAUCCCUCUUCAGCUCAGGUGUGCAGACUCUGCCCCAUAAUGCCAAGGUGCACUACAACUAUGCCAAUUUUCUGAAAGACCAGGGUCGUAACAGUGAAGCCAUCUAUCACUACAAAACUGCCCUCAAAUUGUAUCCUCGUCAUGCGAGUGCCCUGAACAACCUCGGCACGUUGACCAAAGACUUGGUGGAAGCAAAAGAAUACUACAGAAGAGCUCUUCAGUUAAACCCACAGCAUAAUCGAGCUCUCUUCAAUCUUGGAAAUCUGCUCAAGUCCCAAGAGAAGAAAGAGGAAGCUGUGUUCUUAUUGAGAGAUUCCAUUAAAUAUGGUCCAGAGUUUGCAGAUGCUUACUCAAGCCUUGCUUCCCUGUUGGCUGAACAGGAACAAUUUAAAGAAGCCCAGGAAGUUUAUCAGGCUGGGAUAGAGAAUUGUCCAGAGAGCUCUGAUCUGCAUAAUAACUAUGGUGUUUUCUUAGUUGAUUCCGGGGCUCCUGAGAGAGCAGUAUCCCACUACCAACAGGCCAUCUGGCUCAGCCCAAACCAUUACGUGGCCAUGGUGAACCUGGGCAGGCUCUACCGCUCUCUGGGGCAGAACAAACAGGCUGAAGCUUGGUACAAACGAGCAUUGAAAGUAUCGCGGAAGGCGGAAAUUCUGUCCCCACUGGGAGCUCUCUACUAUAACACGGGGCGGUAUGAAGAAGCUUUACAGGUUUACAGGGAAGCCGCAGCACUGCAGCCUUCAAACAGGGAGAUUCGACUGGCCCUGGCACAGGUUUUAGCAAUGAUGGGACAAACAAAGGAAGCUGAAAAAAUGACUAACCAUAUUGUGACAGAAGAGGCCAAGUGCCUAGAAUGCUACCGCCUUUUAUCAGCAAUCUACAGCAAGCAGGAGCAUUACAGCAAGGCCCUUGAAGCUAUAGAUAAAGCUCUGCAGCUAAAACCAAAGGAUCCAAAAGUCAUAUCGGAGCUCUUUUUUACUAAGGGAAAUCAGCUGAGAGAACAAAACCUUCUUGACAAGGCUUUUGAGAGCUAUAAAGUGGCUGUGGAACUGAAUCCAGAUCAAGCUCAGGCAUGGAUGAACAUGGGAGGGAUUAAGCAUAUCAAGGGAGACUACAUCAAUGCACGUAGCUAUUACGAGAAGGCUUUACAGCUGGUUCCAAACAGCAAGCUGCUGAAGGAGAAUCUGGCUAAACUGGAUCGCUUAGAGAAACGAUUGCAGGAAGUCCAGGAGAAAGAUCAGACGUAGCUGGUGGAAGGAGCAUCGUGCCCCUUGCAGAAGAAAGAGAAGUGGAAGCCCAUUGGCAGAAGUGACACAGAAGGAGCUGUGAUGUGACUAAGAGUUAAGGAGGGCAAAUUUGGGGGGCACAUUUGUGCAUCACCAAAGUUGCUGGAGACCCUUCAUUUCUAUAGGGUAUGCUGAAGAAUGAGUGAAAACCCUGUUUUAAUCAAGACUUCUGUUUGGGUUAGAUGCAUAUCACUGCCAUGAGUGCUGUAAGUGGGAGAUGCACCUUUGAUGUCCUGGUCUCUCACUUCCCAAGCUGGGUGGGCAGUAGAGUCAAAGUUCUCAUCCACUGGCAAGGGAUGGAGCAGUGCCUCUUGUUAGUCAACAUUCACCCACUUAAGGAGUACUGUUAAUGGUCUCUAAAACAUUCCCCAUAAAGUCCUCCUCAGCCAGGACGAUGGUGACAAUUAUCAGCAGAGAGCAUCAAAAGUCGUUACAGGGUUAAAGCUGGGAGAAAUGGUGGCCAUUUUUAGGUCUCCAACAAUGACUGGAAAAUGACCCCAAGGAAAUGGAGAAUUAUGUCUGGACAUGGCUGUCUCUGAAAGUGAUGAUUCUCUAACUAGGGCUGUUUUUGAGGAAGAACCUCAGUUGAAUGUUUUACUCGGAAGAUAAUCAUUUUUGUAACUAUUCAAAUUCAUGAUAUCACAGAAUUGUCUGAAAUCACAUGACUUUUUUCGCCCAAUCAGAAUUAUAAUUUCUAUGAAGAAAUUGGAACUGUCCAAUCGAAAUGUGGAAUUCUUUAAUGGGUCCACCUCCCUCCCCCCCUUCCUCUCCCCCCACAAAAAAAUCUAUAUUUUUAAAUAUUGAGUGGAAAGGCAAUUUGCUUCAGAAUAUGGACAUUUAUUUUUGAGUGUUAUUUAUUUUUAACUUAUAAAAUGUUUAAUAUAUUUUACUCUGUUUAUAAGAGUUGGACAACAUCCCUCACAGUUAGCAAUGUGGCCUGUGAUUGUUGCUUUUAUUGUAUAAAGUUAGAAAAUACGGCACCACAAGGCUGUGUUUGAAUAAUUCUCCCUGCUGAUAUUUCUAAAGCAAUUGGAUGUUGGACCAAAUUUUCAUUACAGCAGUGCCACACCCAUUGAUAUGUAGGGUUGCACCAGUUCAGCUGAGAUGAGUAUUUGAUCUGUUGUUAUAGUUGAGAUAGCUGAGAAGGUUAGAUGAGGCAGUGUAGUGAUAUCCUGCCCUUUCACUCUGGACAGCAGCUCAUCUCACAAGUUUCUUGUUUUCAUCUUAGCCCCCAUCAUGAAACCAUCAUACAGUUUGUUUCAGCCUGAUUGCCAUGUCUUUGCUGAAGAGAAGCCCAGGUCAUGGAAUUAAUAGCGGGUGGUUCACGUUGGGACAGAAGAUACAGCUCGGUCAGGGAAAUCUUGCAUGGCAAUGGCACAUGGCUUUAACCAGUGCUAAUAGGGUGUCACUAUCAUGAGCUCUAAAUGCACUCAGGAGUAAAUUAAAGAAGUUUCCAUAGUUAAGCAUAGUCAUGUGAUGAUGUGGGUCUGUCUGCUUUAUUUAGAAGGUUUGAUUUUGUAGGUAAAAUCACUUUUUGUAGGUAAAAUCACAGACAUGAAAUAAGAGUUUAGAAAUCAACAGAGUACCACCCAAGCACAGGGCGGGUUCAGUGGAUCCAAUGGCAGGACUGAAGCAUAACCACAUAGGGUUCUGUUCAGUACCGAGGUGAUGCUGAAGAGUAUUAAUUUGGCUCUUGCACAUAGCCAGGUGAUUCUUUUUUGAGUUCUUGCUCAUGUAUGUUCCACUUUGGAUUUUUCCCUCAGUGGUAUCUGUCGGGCCAGCUCGAGUGCCCUUUGGUGCCACACCCUCUCAGUUCCUUCUUACCACUCACAAUGCUUGCUGGAACAACUCCUCUUGCUUUGGCAAGGCAUUUUUCAAUGGUUUCUUCUCUGUAUCCUUGUUUAUUAGUCUUAGUAUAGUUGUAGUGUAAAUAAUACUAAUGUAGAUAGUUAUAAGCGCUCCUUUAUCAUUGAGGGGCUCCCUUUGCCACAGGGCAUGCCCCUGUCCUUGGGCUUCAAAUCUUGUGUCUCCUGUGGCAAGCCUAUGCCUCUGAGAAACCCACACUCCAGUUGUCUGAAGUGUCUGGGAGAGGCUCAGAUAAGAGAUUUGUCAGAACUUUAAGCCUUGUAUGAAAAAAGACAGGCUAGACUGAGGACUAUGCUAAUGGAAGCUGCUCUAAGACCGGCUUUGGAGCCAAGCUGCUCAGAUUCAGCACUAACCACUUUGGCCUUGGUGCUGUGUGUAUCCUGGCUACAUUCUUCAUCUUCAGUGUCAAGGAAGAAAUAUAAAAAGCAAAGCUCCAAGAGAGGGUGUUUGCCAGUGCCAAAGAAAGGCAAGCAAGGGGAAGGCAGUGGAGUGUGACCCAGGUCGGGCCGCUCCUCCACCCCCGGGUCCAUGACAGAACCAUCAACUCUGCACAGAACGUUGAGUCUAAUACGGGACUCUCUGCCGACACCAAGAAGUCAUUAUGGCACCAGCAGAAUCACAGUGCCUUCAACUCAGGAGGCCUUUGCAGCGGCCAGGGACUUAUCAUUCCCAGUACCGUUGACUCUGAUGGGACAACCACUGGCAACCAAAUGAGCAUGAGCCAUAAAAAGCAUGGUGAUCUGAGCUCCUUCCCAACACCAGGACCUUCCGUACCUUCCAUGGGCAAACUGACCGUGUUUUCUUCUACAAGGUCAUCCCUAUCCAGCACUGGUCCCUAGAUACUCGACUCUGAUUGACAGAAGUGAGGGGUACCACUUUCCCAUGGUCACCUUGGCAGGACUCUUUGUCUGAGUUCAAGGUGGAGCCCUACACCCAUCCCAAAAACCACCACUGGUAUCCGUCUUACAUGCCACCAGAUCCUGGUGCGGGUCCCCUCGCUGGUGCCUGGUCAGGUGGACAAUGGCCUAGGCAGUGGCCAUUCUGGAACCCGUGGAGGGCUUACCCUGGUACCGGGUCCGUCAUCCCACUCGUCAUAGUCAGUUGCUUCUGAAAGGAGGGCCCCUGCACCGCUCCACUCAGCACUGGACCCUGAGUCCAGUACCGAAUGUGGUAUCGGUACACAGGAUGUGGGCCCCAUGUAGGUAAUUGAGGCUGAAGAAGAGGAAGAAGCCCCCUCACCCCCAGUACAGGCCUCUUCCUCCUCUACCCAGAUGAGCGGCUUGCUGCCAUGUGAUGACUUUAGAGCCCAUCAGAAGCUUCUAAAGAGGAUAGCAGCUAACCUGGGGCUAAGAAUCGAGGAGUUCAAGGAAUUGUCCCACAGCCUCAUUGACAUUCUGGCUGCAGCAGCACCAUCUCAGGUGGUCCUACCCAUUAAUGAGGCUGUAUUAGGUUGAUCAGAGUCCUGUGCAGACCCCAUCUUCUCUCCCUCCCACUUCAGAGCGGGCAUAGAAUAAAUACUCUUUGCCAGCCAAAUUGUACGGGUACUUAUACUUUCUCACACACUCUUUCUGGGUCCCUAGUUUUAUUGGCGGCCAACAAGAGGAAUAGACAGGGCCAAGCAAGUGCUACCCCCAAACAGAAGGACACUCAGAAACCAGAUCUGUUGGAAGAAAAAUAUAUUCAAACCAGCAAACCACUUGGACUCCUUGUCCACAUUUAAAGACUCCAUGCCUCAGGACUUAAGGCAGGAAUUCUCUGCCUUCUUAGAAGAGGGAAAGAACAUUGUCAGAGCCUCACUCCAGCCAGCACUGGAUGCAGCCAGCAUGGCGGCUGGGACAAUGACCUUUGCAAUGGCCAUGAGGCAAUGCUCUUGGCUGCAGUCCUUGAGGCUACCUCAGGAGGUCCAACAGUCAAUUCAGGAUCUCCCUUUCAAAGGCUUCUUGUUUUUUUCAGGGUAAAUGGACACAAAGCUCCAUGACCUGAAUGACUCAAGGGCUAUCCUCCGGUCGCAGGGCCUCUAUGUUCCAUCUACUUCAAGAAAGCAUUUCAGGCCUCAACAGUCAGCCCACUUUUUUAUUCCACCAUCAAGAUACAGGACGUGUUCAAAUGAAGGAACAGAGGUUACAAGUGCCAUCAACUGCUUUUAUUCAUUUCAACCUCAAUACCAAGGUUGCAUAGGUACUCCAGUUGGCCCAAGCAGGCCUUUUGAAGGAGUGCCCGAGGGCACUAUACCAGUUCCCGCUUCGGAUCCUUUCUACGCUUUGUUUUUGGACUGACUUUCCAACUUCAGCCCAGCGUGGUCCCACAUCACAUCAGACCAGUGGAUGUUAAAUACAUUGGUGUAUGGUUAUACCCUUCAGUUUUCAUCCACCGUUCAUUCCCACCCCCUAUCCUGUCCCUCUUCAGGGACCAUUCUCACAAGCAACUCCUAGACCAGGAGGUGCAGAUCCUCCUACGGAUGAGGGCUGUGGAAAAGGUACCUCAAAAGUUGAGAGGGAAAGGGUUUUACUCCCAAUAUUUGUUAAGGCCAAAGGAGGCCUUCAUCCCAUCCUGGACCUGCAUCGCCUCAACAAUUAUCUCAAGAAACUGAGGUUCCACAUGGUCUGCCUGGUCUCCAUCAUCCCCUUCUUGGAUUUAGGGGACUGUUAUGCUCCCCUCAACUUAAAAAAGAUGCUUACUUUCACAUUUCCUUCUUCCUUGGCCUCAGAAAAUUCCUCAGGUGCAUAUUUAGGCCAUUUGAUCAAGAGGUUCCCAAUAUAUGUCCUUCCCCUGCAUUAUGAGCUUCUUUUAAUUUUCAUAGUACUCUAAAAUCCACGUUUAAUGAGAUUAUCUAAAAUAUUGGUACGCCACAACAGGGGCAGUGGUGCAAGUUUGGAGUAAUUUGGUUCAGGCGUUACUCAGAUACUGUCUCCUUUCCCCCCAAUAAGAAGAUUUUAAUAUUCCAGUUGCUCUAAAACUGACAUGCAUAGUGAGAUUACCUUGAACAAUGGUAUUCCACAACUGAAACUGAGGUAGAGGGGAACUCCCAUUGAGAGGAAUGAGUCCUUUUACACCACCCAGAGCUAUUGUGUUAGACUGUUCAUCUCUUUGGAGAAUCCUAAUUCAUCUUAGUAUACCCCACUGAGGUGAAUGGUCCAUUCCACACAUGAACAGUACUCUUGUACUGCAGAGGGCUGUGCAGAGCCCCUUCCUUUACACUAGCUCCCUGAAGUAGAUACAAAGUCUGGGGCUCCCUGCUGUUCCUCUUGCUGCCUCCAGCUGGUAGAUGUGCUCCUCACAGCCCAUCAGUUACCACCCUCCUUUCUUCCCAUGUCCCUUCCAGCCCUACUGGGGGCAUGGUGGGGCCAGGAGAGCUGGCAGCUAAAGUGGCAGAUUAUUCCCCUCCCACAGGUGCCCUCCAAUCAUACCCCCUCACUAACACGUCUUCGUCAAGAAACAAGGGAAAUGAACAGCCCAAAAACAUGGUUAAUGCAGGCCUUGUUUACACUACAGUGCCUUUUGCCAGUAUAGCUAUGCCAGCUAGACUUACCCCUGCUUAGUACCCUCUUCAAUUCAAGAAGUGUGUUUCAGAUUCUUACUGGCACUGACAGUCUGAUGUGCCUUCCCUGGCUUGUCAGAGUGGGUUUACAUCUGCUGAUGAACACAGCGCCACUCAUUAGACUGCUUCCCAGGCUGGUGACCCACCUGUGGUUCAUUAAUUUUAUACCAGUAUAACUCCACUGAUUUCAUUGGCGUUGCUACAAGUGUGGAGACAAUCAAGUGAGGCACUGACUCCAAGCACCCAUGGAAAAAAAUAGUGGGGAUGGUCAGCACCCACCAACCGAUCUGUUUUUGUGGAUACAGAUUAACAUGGCUACCCGUCUGAUACUUGAUCCCACUAUACCAUCACCCAACAGACUUGAGAUGACACCAAGUUUGGGAGAGCAAUGUUACCGAAUGCAUGUCUAUGAACUCCGAGCCCGCCUCCUUGGGUACUGCUUGUGAGUCAUCUAACGUGGAAUGGACAUGAGCAAGCACUCAAAGAAGGAAAAACAGCUACUGAUCUUCCGUAACUGUUGUUCUUCGAGAUGUGUUGCUCAUGUCUGUUCCACAAUCCACCUUACUACCCCAGCACCAAAUGGUGCAAGAGCCCGCUGAGGGAAGAAUCUCUGGCAACAGUACAUGUGGUGCAUGCAAACAGCUAAUAUGGAAUGGACAUGAGUAACACAUCUCAAAGAACAACAGUUACAGAAGGUUAGUAAGCGUUGUUUUUUUUCCCCAGGAGCUCAAUCAGACUGUGGAGAUGUCCAGGGUCGUGCCUCUAACAGCUGGAUGGGACUGAUGGAGACUUUGCAUUCCUGUGCUUCUCCCUCCUGAUCAUUUUCACUUUAUAAAGUGAACAAUUCAAACCAGGGCCAAGUAAACUGCAAGUGUGUGUCUGGGUUCACAUUUGGGGACCCGUUCACACCUGGUAAUAAUAUAAUUUUGCCAUUCUAUCUCCUCUACCUGCGUUCUUGCUCAUACUUGUCUUUUAGGAACAGAUCAGCAGCAGUUCUCUUGUCACCCAUCCUUGGAUAAUUCUCCUCCCCAGCCUGGUCAUGGCUGUAGACUCAUUUAGUGACUUCUGGAUUUCCCCCAAGACAUCUUCCACUCAGUUUCCCAAGAAUUCAGUCUGACUCCAGUCUUGUCAUUCAGGUUUCCUUAUUUGGCAGCAAAGCCAUGCUGAGUUGAUCAGACUCAAGCGUAUGACAUGGGUAUAGGACAUACCACACAUCCAAUAAGUUACACAGCAAGCCUCUUCCUUUAUAUACAUUUACUCUACAUUGCAUCACACAUUUUGGGAUUGGCUUAGUCACUUUGUAGGAACCAAUCCCUGAACAAACAAGCUCUGUCCAUGUGUGACUGACUCUACCUAAUCUUCCAGGUUUAUCUUGCCCAUAGUAGAUGGUUCCCUAGGUGUUGCCCCUUAUCUUAGCUAGUACGGACAUUCUGCUUCCAUCCUGCUGUUCCAUUUACCUCCCUAAUCUUGUUUCCCAAGAAAUGAGGCCUCACCCAUGUCCAGUUACUCACGUCAUGGCAUGCCUACAUGGUGGAUUCCUAGUGAAAUUGUUAUUCUGAGGCUAUUUGCAUGAAGUAGCUACAGGCUGUCAGGCUUUCCCUGUACAAAGUCAGAGUUGGCCUGCCUGGGAGUCAGGCUCGCAAAGCCCCAUAGAAGGCUGUGCAGGCAAAGUGAGUGCUAAAGUGGUCUUUGAGGCUUACCAGUUCUCCCACGGUAGAAUUUUAGUUAGUUCAUAACAAAGUUUCAGAGCUCAGACAACAUGCAUAUACCCAUAGAAGUCCAGAGCACUUUAAACCAUUGGAAGACCAACGUUUAGUGAGAACCAUCAUUAUGUACCAUGGAGGGAGUAACUCCAUUACAGUGGGGGUAUGUGAAAGGGUUGAACAGGAAGCAUCAUACAGGUGAAGCUCUCUCCCUUUUGCUCUGCAGAACCUAAUUUCUUGGCACCAGCACCAAGGUUUCCUGUUAGAAGUGCAACUUUUCAAAGCAGAACACGGAGAUUAACCCACUCAACUCCCCUUCAAGCUCAAUCACGCCCUGAUCCUGCAGAGGGCAGAUCCUUAAAAGAAACGAUUAAGGGGGGAAAUGAUAGAGGUCUAUAAAAUCAUGACUGAUGUGGAAAGUAAAUAAGGAAGUGUUAUUUACUCUUCUCAUAACACAAAAACUAGGAGUCGCCCAAUGAAAUUAAUAGGCAGCAGGUUUAAAACAAACAAAAAGGAAGUAUUUUGUCACACAACACACAGUCAACCUGUGGAACUCCUUGCCAAAGGAUGUUGUGAAAGCUAAGACUAUAACAGGGUUCCAAAAAGAACUAGAUAAGUUCAUGGAGGAUAGGUCCAUCAAUGGCUAUUAGCCAGGAUGGACAGGGAUGGUGUCCCUAACCUCUAUUUACCAGAAGCUGGGAAUGGGUGACAGGGGAUGGAUCACUUGAUGAUUACCUGUUCUGUUCAUUCCCUCUGGGACACCUGGCAUUGGCCACUGUCAGAAGACAGGAUACUGGGCUAGAUGGACCAUUGGUCUGACCCAGUACUUCCGUUCUUAUGCCCACACAGAGACUCAUUGAAGUCACUGGGGCUCAAGAUGGGCUGUGUGGAUAACUUUAUAGAACUGGGGCCUUAGCACCCAAUCCUGUGAGGUGUUUGGCACCCUCAGUUAACUUCCACUGAGAUUGAGGAUGGUGCUCAACAUCUCAAAGGAAGGGCCCUUUGCGCAUGGCAUGCUAGGGUCCUGAGUGAGAAAGAUACUAUUGAACAGCAUCACGUACUGCACAUUGGCAGAGCUAUUGUUUAUAAAGAUGCUUAUAUCAAUGCCGCAAGCUAUCCCGUGAGCCAUAGUUUUCUGAGAUAAGUUUCCUGUAGCCCAACAGCACUUCGAGACCUAGCCGAAGACAGCUGAGAAUGCAGGCGGGAAGGUGUUAUGGGAAGGGUGGAUGGGAGAAUCUUUUGUUUUUAAAAAUAGUAUAAAAUAGACACUGAGCCUCAGAAAAGUAAGACAGACAGAAAUAAAGAAGAUACAGUCUUCAUGCCCCACGCGUGUGGCUUUAAAAUGUGACCAAUUAUAUUAUUUUUUCGAAUGGAAAAAAAUGUUUAUUUUUUUAAAGAAUACUUUGAGAGGGGAAGAGAGUUUGUUUAGCUAGAAGUUUUGUGUGUCCUUUCUGGCUGGCCUAAUAGGAGGGCUGAAUCAUUAUCACAAGAGCAUUCAAUCAAGGCCAUCCCAUCCUGCUAAAACUUGUACUUGUGUAAAUGUAGAAGAGAUUUCUCAUGUCCCUCCCUGAUCCAGGAAAAGAUGUUGGCUCUGACCAACAGGAGACAUGCAGUACUGUUACAAUGCUAGCUUCUCAGAUGGGCAACCCAGGGAAACCAGCCCAGCAUGAGAUGGUUGGUUUGGCUAGAGGGCAUGUUUGUGCUCAUUGUAUUGUCAUCGCUGCCUGUCUUUGGUCUUGUAAAUUUCAGUUGCCUGCCAACACGCAAGAAUGUACAUUUGGCUGGCAACAUGUUGAUAUGCAAAGCGGUUUAACCCCAGCCUAUCACAGCUAUGAAAGGUUGUAUCAUAAAACAAGUUUAAGGCAACUUUUGAGAGAGGAGGAGCUCAUUUAAAUAAUCCCUCUUUCCCUAACCAGCACUUUAUGGCCCAAACCCAUGCCAAAUAAUAAUGUAGAAACUGUGUAUUCUGUAUCCUGUCACAGUUCUUGGGGAAUUGACUAAAGCCCUGAUGCUGCAAAGCAGUUAAACAUGUGUAGUUCUAAGCCCACGAAUAAUUCUAUUGGCUUCAAUGAGACUACUUCCAUAAAGUGCUUUGCUGGAUCAAGGCAUGUAUCUUCAUCAAGACAUUACUGUAGGUAAGGAACGAUAAUGGCCCAAUAAUAUGCAAUAGGUUACCUCAGCCAAAAGGAAAUUUUACUGUGAAGAAAAAUAGAGCAAGUUAACCUGUGAUGAAAUGGAUCUUACUCGAAUUAAUGGUUGAAAACAUCCUCUCCUUUUGGUUUUAUAUAGUUCAUAAAAUAAACUAUGAAUACUUUGGUUUAUGCCUACUGCAGUACUCAGCAUGCUAACUACAAAUUAUAAUGCAUAUUUUGCUGAAAACCUUAACAGGUGGUGGCUAGCUCUUUCCCUUAUGAAGUAGCAUUAUCUAAACACACCUCUAAAGAUGCACAUCAGCUUAAUCCAAAGUGGAGAAUUAACCCAGAGCUGGAAAGAUAGGACAUUUGUGCUAACUACAUUUCAAUCUCAAAUGGCAAACUAAAAAGCUGUCAUUCUGUUUUGUUGGGAGGGGAGAGGGGUUGGUUGUAUUUUCUCACUCAGAAUAAUGUUCUGAACUAAUGGGUCUUUUGGAAGUUUGGGGUUUUUUUAGUACAUUUUACUUAUUUAAAAUCCAACACUCUUUGCUCCUCCCCUACUGCCAUCUCUCAAAAAAAAGGAUUUAGGAAGGACAUUUUUAUAUUUCACAUGGACAUUUUGGGCUAGAUUUUUAUAAAAAUGUGUAAGCAAGUCAUUUUGACCAAGCAGCACAUAUGUGCAUCAGAUAAAAUGACUUUCAUUUCAGACUGAAAUAGACCACAAAUAAAAGAUGAGAGAGCGAGGGAACACACAGAAAGUCAUGCCUGCUCUCAUGCAUAUAAACUCUUAACGUUCAGAGAUUCUGAGCACCUGCAACUCUACCUAAAAUGAACAGGAACUGUAGCUGCUCAGCACCUUUGAAAAUCAGGCCAAUACUGCGUAAACUAUUUUUCUCGUGAUUUAAGACACAGGUUUUAGUUACUAGCUCUUACUUUGAGCUGUUCUGUAUAUGCUCCAUAAGCCCGUGGUUCAGCAAAGCACUUAGUGCAUGCCUAAAUUCUAUUGAAGUCAAUGUGUGUUUCCACCUGCUUGAAAUUUCUGUGCGUUUUAUUACACACCCUAUUCCUGCUUUUCACAUGUGAAGAUGACAGCCUUUUGAAAAUCUAGCCCUAAGGGAUUUUUGCUUUAUGGGGACUCAUGCAGUAGUUUUAUAAUGUAGGAGUUUUCUUUCAUGUCCACUUCAACAGAGCAGCAAAAAGAAAAAUUGCUUGGUCUACAAUAGUGUUUUAACAUGGCAAAGCUGCUUAAGGUGACCUUUAUAACUUUUUGCAAAACUUCCUUGCCAUGUUUAUACUGACUUGCUGAAAAAUUCUUUCUUCUGGGAAAUUUGCCCUGGCAGCAUCUUCUGCGAAAGUUACAGCUUCUACAAAUUUAUUACUAUAGAAAUAUCUUUGCCUGAAAUGGCUGUCAUGCUGCUUUCUCCUUCUGUCAUGUGGGAGUUAUUUGCAUUGACUGUUGUUCUUAUGAUUCUUGUUUCCGUACCUUUGUUUGUAUCAAUUAUGCAUAUCUUAUUUUUUAAAAGCCCACCAAUUAGAAAUGUUGAAAAAUUAAAUUCACACUUUUAAGCAGCUGGAUGUAUGUCAGCAGUACAGUAUUUUGAAAAACUUUUGCUUUGUCACUGUGGGAUACAUUUUUGCCUAAUGGAGUUAUGAUCGGAGAAGUCUUUCCAAAAGAAAAUGUAUGUAAAUGUAUAUUUUAUAUAAAAGUGAGAAAACAAA